AUGGCGCGGAGCAGCGGGGAUAUCAAUGAGGAGACUGUACCACUCGCCGGCGAACCGAGCAAAUCAUCAGCUUCCCGCCGGAGCUCUCUGAGCUCGCUGUCCUCCGACGGAUCCCUCCUUGCCCAAGACGCGGCCGCAGACUCGGGUCGGAAAUUAGUAGAAUUGGGACAAGAACCACGGUAUCGCGACCUCGAGGGAAAUGGAGAAAUUGAGGCAGAUGAAGGACUCGCACACUCUCCAAAGGCGAAGCCCAAAAGCCGUAAGCUUAUAUGGACAGUUGGCUUGUCGUGCAUUGGAGUCUGGGUAUUCGCUUUGCUCCUAUUUUUAGGACAUCGCAGGACCGUUGAAGCCAAAAAUCCCUCCGCACCGGAAGUCCACGAAGCCGAUUCUGCUACAGGUACUACAAGCUAUGGAAAACCGGUGAGUUUAAAUAGCGUAUUGGACGGUUCAUGGGCCAGCAAAAAGCAGUCGAUCUCCUGGAUUGCAGGACCAAACGGAGAAGAUGGAUUGCUGCUUGAGCGAGACGUAUUUGGAAAAGAAGGUUAUCUUCGAGUGGAAAGCAUUCGAAAUCGAAAGGGCGAUACCGACGGUUUCGAGAGCCGUAUACUUAUGCAAACCGGUCAUAUAAAAGGGAACGGAAAAGCCCUUACACCAUCGGAAACAUGGCCGAGCCCGGACUUGAAGACCGUCCUUAUAUUGGCUGAGAAAGAAAAGAAUUGGCGUCAUUCAUACACUGGAACUUAUUGGCUCUUUGAUGUCGAGAGUCAGACUACACAACCACUUGACCCGUUGAAUCCCGAUGCCAGAAUACAACUCGCGUCGUGGUCGCCGCAAUCCGAUGCGGUCGCUUUCACACGGGAUAACAAUAUCUUCAUUCGAAAAUUGACUUCUCGAUACGUCAACCAAAUCACCACAGAUGGUGGAAAAGAUUUAUUCUACGGUGUUCCAGACUGGGUCUACGAGGAGGAGGUCUUUGAAGGCAACAGCGCGACUUGGUGGUCAAACGACGGCAAAUAUUUGGCGUUCUUGCGAACUAAUGAAUCAUUGGUUCCCGAAUUUCCAGUGCAGUACUUCAUGUCUCGUCCAUCAGGAAAGAAACCUCUUCCUGGCCUCGAGGACUAUCCCGAAGUGAGGCAAAUCAAGUACCCCAAAGCUGGAGCACCGAACCCAUUUGUUACAAUCCAGUUUUAUGAUACUGAGACCCUUGAGACUUUCUCCGUUGACACCCGGGGUGGGUUUUCUGAUGAUGACCGUCUGAUUACUGAAGUUCUAUGGGCUUCGAGUGGCGAGGUGCUCGUGAAGGAGACUAACCGUGAGAGUGAUGCUUUGCGUGUUGUGUUAUAUGAUGUCGCCACAAAAAUAGGUAAAUCAGUUCGUACCGAGAACAUUCAAGAGCUCGAUGGUGGCUGGGUGGAGCCCACUCAGUCUGCCAUAUUUGUGCCAGCCGACCCUGAGAAUGGUCGCCAACAUGAUGGCUACAUCGAUACGGUUAUCCAUGAUGGUUAUGAUCACCUAGCGUACUUUACCACUUUGGAGAGCUCGGAGCCUAUUUAUCUUACUGCGGGCCCAUGGGAAGUCGUGGAUGCUUCUGCUGCAGUCGAUCUCAAAAAUAACCUCGUUUACUUUGCUGCGACUAAAGAAUCACCGACACAGCGCCAUGUCUAUAGCGUGAAACUUGACGGAUCGGAUUUCAAAGCUGUAACCAACACAUCAAAAGUGAGCUAUUACGACGUAUCGUUUUCAAGCGGUGGCGGCUACGCAUUACUCACUUAUGAAGGACCUCAUGUGCCUUGGCAAAAGGUUAUCAACACGCCAAGCAAUAAAAAAAAUUACGAGGAUGUACUCGAGGAGAACCAUCAUCUUUUUAAGAUGGUUGAUGAGUAUGCUCUCCCUGCGGAAAUCUAUCAAAACAUUACGAUAGAUGGGUUUACGUUACAGGUGGUUGAACGCCGGCCGCCGCAUUUUAACCCUGCUAAAAAGUAUCCGGUUCUCUUCUAUCUGUACGGCGGCCCGGGAUCGCAAAUGGUGAAUCGGAGGUUUACCGUCGACUUCCAGUCCUACGUUGCUUCGACCUUGGGAUACAUUGUGGUCACAGUAGACGGUAGAGGAACAGGUUUUAUUGGACGAGAAGCCAGAACCUUUGUCCGAGGAAAGCUUGGUCACUGGGAGGCGCAUGACCAGAUUGAGACUGCUAAAGCUUGGGCAAAGAAGCCUUACGUAGAUGAAAACCAUAUUGCCAUCUGGGGUUGGAGCUAUGGAGGCUUCAUGACUUUAAAAACUUUGGAACAAGAUGCUGGCCAUACAUUCCAAUAUGGCAUGGCAGUCGCCCCCGUCACGGAUUGGCGGUUUUACGACUCUAUCUAUACCGAACGAUAUAUGCACACCCCAUCGCACAACCCAGAGGGCUAUGAGACAAGCGCUAUCUCAAAUGUGACUGCGUUGUCGCAAAAUGUUCGGUUUCUCGUGAUGCACGGUGUCUCUGACGACAAUGUACAUUUUCAAAACACCCUGGCGCUGCUUGAUAAACUGGACCUUGCAAAUGUUGAGAAUUACGAUGUGCAUGUUUUUCCGGACUCUGAUCAUGGUAUUUUCUUCCAUAAUGCACAGAAGAUGGUUUAUGACCGUUUAUCUUCUUUCCUGGUAAACGCCUUUACAGAUGAAUGGCAUCAAGUCAAUAAUGCUAUUCCAGGUUUUUCGAAGCUGAAACGAUUCCUAAGCCUGUUUUAA